AAUGUUGUCUAAAAUAGUUAGUAGUAACGAAAAGAUCGGUGGAAUUUGAAAGAUCGUUAGAGCAAUGCUUGUUUCAUGGAUGAAGAGAGAGAGAGAGGGGAGAGAGGCGAGAAGGUGUGAGAAAAUGAGAUUGUAAGAAAAAAAAGGAAGGAACUUCAGAAGGGAAAUUCAAUUCCCUUCUUGUUGUUCCCCUACCACGGCCAAUUGAUCUCGCGGUGAGGAACAAUAAUCCAGAACAUUAAGCAAAAGUCUUAAUUCAAUACCACGAAACAAAUGCAAGUGGAUUUUUGCUGACAGAGGUGAUCAUUGCAACAACAUCAUCUUCAACCACGAUUCCUGCCACCAAAACAAUAAUAAAAUGGCCUCUCGCUCCUCGUCUAUCGCCACCUCAAUUCCACCUUCCGGCGUCAAGAGAAGGCUCUACCAAGUUUGGAAAGGAAACAAUAAAUUUCUCUGUGGUGGAAGAUUAGUUUUCGGUCAGGAUGCAUCAUCUCUUUUUCUAACAUCGUUCCUGAUUGGAGGUCCUGCAAUUACAUUUUGCAUAAGAAUGCUAUUAUCAUUAAAGAAAGAAGACCCUCACUUUAGCAACCCUGUACUAAUUGGAGGAGUGGUUCUCACAGUUUUGGUUUUUGUUUUUCUCUUCAUGACAUCUAGUAGAGAUCCAGGCAUUAUCCCCAGAAAUGCACAACCACCUGAAUUAGAUGAACCUUUAGACAUAAACACACCAUCCAUGGAAUGGAUAAACAAUAAGGCCCCUAAUUUGAAGUUUCCCAGAGUGAAAGAUAUGACUGUUAAUGGUCACACAGUAAAGGUGAAAUUUUGUGACACUUGUUUGUUGUAUCGUCCGCCACGUGCCUCUCAUUGUUCUAUUUGCAACAAUUGUGUGCAAAAGUUUGAUCAUCAUUGCCCUUGGGUUGGUCAGUGCAUUGCAUCGCGUAACUAUCCAUUCUUCAUUUUGUUCAUAUCAACAUCAACCUUGUUGUGUAUAUAUGUGUUUGCUUUUUCUUGGGUUAACCUUCUCCGACAGAAGGGUAGAUUGUGGGUCAACAUGUCACAUGAUGUUCUAUCAGUUACUCUCAUUGUUUAUUGCUUCAUAGCUGUUUGGUUCGUGGGAGGGCUAACGGUUUUCCAUCUUUAUUUGAUUUCCACCAACCAGACAACCUAAGAGAAUUUUCGGUACCGAUACGAUAAGAAGGAAAAUCCAUAUACAAAGGGAAUAAUGCGAAACUUCAAAGAACUUUCCUGUGGUAGGAUCCCAAAAUCAUUGAUAAAUUUCAGAGAAUGGGUUGUGGUUGAGGAUGAUAUUCCAGAUGAAUCGUAUACUUCAGAUUUGGAAAGAGGUUUUAUAAGCUCAAAGCACAAAUUUGACAUGGAAAUGGGAACAAUGUAUGGCAAAGAUGGUAUGCGAGUUCCUCCCAUCUUGAAGGAACUGGAUUAUAGUGGCAUUGAU